UUGACAGCUUCGGGCAGCCGGGGAUGGGCAGGAGCAGGUGUCGCGAGAGUUGGCUGCAAGCCUCCUGGUGCGGCUGGAACUAUGGCGAGCUCCGGGAUCCAGGCGGAACAGGAGCCGCUCUUGGGCGACCGUACACCCGGAAGCAGAGAAUGGGACAUUAUAGAAACUGAAGAGCAUUACAAGAGCCGAUGGAGAUCUAUUAGAAUCCUUUACCUUACAAUGUUUAUCAGCAGUGUAGGAUUUUCUAUUGUGAUAAUCUCUAUAUGGCCAUAUCUCCAAAAGAUUGACCAGACAGCUGAUGCAAGUUUUUUGGGCUGGGUUAUCGCUUCAUAUAGUCUUGGCCAAAUGGUAGCUUCACUUCUGUUUGGUUUAUGGUCUAAUUAUAGACCAAGAAAAGAACCUCUUAUUGUCUCCAUCUUCAUUUCGGUGGUAGCCAACUGCCUCUAUGCAUAUGUCCACCUCCCGGCCUCUCAUAAUAAGUACUACAUGCUGAUCGCGCGUGCCUUGGUGGGCUUUGGAGCAGGAAAUGUAGCAGUUGUCAGAUCAUAUGUUGCUGGUGCUACUUCCCUUCAGGAGAGAACCAGUUCCAUGGCAAAUAUAAGUGCAUGUCAAGCAUUAGGUUUUAUUCUAGGUCCAGUUUUUCAGACUUGCUUUGUGCUCAUUGGAGAAAAGGGCGUGACAUGGGAUCUGAUUAAGCUGCAGAUAAACAUGUAUACCGCACCUGUUCUACUUGGCGCCCUCCUGGGAGUUUUAAAUAUUAUUCUGAUCUUUACUAUAUUAAGAGAACAUCGUGUGGAUGACUCAGGACGACAGUGUAAAAAUAUUAAUUUUGAAGAAGCAACUACAGAAGUUCAGCUUCCCCAAGGGAAUAUUGAUCAAGUUGCUGUGGUAGCCACCAAUAUUCUGUUUUUUGUGGUUCUAUUUAUCUUUGCCCUUUUUGAAACUAUCAUUACUCCAUUAACAAUGGAUAUGUAUGGCUGGACUCAGGAACAAGCUGUGCUGUAUAAUGGAGUAAUACUUGCUUCUCUUGGAGUUGAGGCAAUUGCUGUUUUCAUGGGGGUUAAAUUUCUUUCAAAAAAGAUCGGCGAGCGUGCUCUCCUGCUGGCAGGACUCAUUGUUAUCUGGGCUGGCUUCUUCAUCUUGUUACCUUGGGGAAAUCAGUUUCCCAACAUACAGUGGGAAGAUUUGCAUAAUAACUCAAUCCCUAACACCACAUUUGGGGAAAUUGUCAUCAGUCUUUGGAAGUCUCCAAGAGACGAUCACGUUGAAGGACCAACUGGCUGCCCGAUUCAACAAGCCUGGUGCCUCUACACGCCUGUGAUCCAUCUGGCACAGUUCCUCACCUCGGCCGUGCUGAUUGGGAUAGGCUAUCCAGCCUGCAAUGUUCUGUCCUACUCGUUAUACUCAAAGAUUCUAGGGCCAGAGCCUCAGGGUGUGUACAUGGGCUGGCUGACAGCUUCUGGAAGUGGAGCGCGGAUCCUUGGGCCUGUGUUCAUCAGCCAAGUGUAUUCUCACUGGGGCCCACGAUGGGCGUUCAGCCUUCUAUGUGGAAUAGUGGUGCUCACCAUCACACUCCUGGGAGCAGUUUACAAAAGACUUGUUGCUUUUUCUGUAAGGUAUGGGAGGAUUCAAGAGUAAACUAGCCAAGACUGUGAUGGAAAGUACUUGUGGUGUGGCACCACCUAGUCUAAGGCUCUGCUGGGCAACUGCUAGAAACCCAUCUCCGUAAGUCAGGCUGCAGAUACUGCCUGUUGUGAGGAAGAAUAUAUAUUGAAUUACAGGAAAUUCUACAUGUAGUUGUGACUAGUAGAAUAUAUAUAAAAACAUUCUGGUUAUAAUUUCCCUAAAAAAAAGAAACAUUCUUCUUUUUGAGGGGAGACUUUUGCUAUAGGGU